AUGUCAGGCACAGGCCCGGAUUCGAUGCCCACCUCCGCGGACCCCCGCUCCAAGCGGCCCGUCAAGAAGCGCGCCCUCAGCCCGGCCUCGGCCCAGGCCAGCCAGCUGGAAGCGCUCUUCGCCAGGCCCGACCAGGAGAUCCGCGUGCCCCCCUCGGGGCCCCAGGACCCGGCCCGCCGCCUGCCCCUGCCGCCCGAGAUCGUCACCAACGUCCAGGGGUCCUCGGCCGGCGCCGGGUCCGGCGAGUUCCACGUCUACAAGGCCGCCCGCAGGCGCGAGUACGAGCGGCUGCGCGUCAUGGACGACGAGGUGCGCCGCGAGGCCGAGGCCCGCGAGUUCGCCGAGAAGAAGACCGAGGCCGAGCGCAGGGACGACGAGAAGACGCGCCGGAACCGUGAGAAGAGGGACAAGAUGAAGGCCAGGAAGGAGAGGGCCAAGGCCGCCGCCCACAAGAACGGCUCUGCUGCUGCUGGCGGCGGUGGUGGCCUCAAGCCAAGGCAGGACGGCGCAAACAAGCAGGGCCAGGACCAGGACCAGGACGGGGACGGCAAGCCGGAGAACGGCACCAGCAACGCGGAUUCUAAUGCCGCCGACUCCACCGCGGCUGCCGCAUCGAGCGCUCCUGGUCUGGUCAUACACGACGACGAUUGA